ACCAUCCUAGAAUGUCGAGUCUGCAAUGAAGUCUUUCGAUUUCAAGGAGAUAAAGUACCACGCUUGUUAAUUUGUGGCCACACCUGCUGCCAUCAAUGUUUGACAAGAUUACAGUUGCAUGGGAGGUCACUCCUAUGUCCUUUUGACAGACAGCCAACGGAAAUUGGUGAUUCUGGAGUAUGGGGACUGAAGAAAAAUUUUGCUUUAUUAGAAUUGUUGGAAAAACUCCAGUUUCCACCUGUAAAUCCAUCUCACUCAAUACCAGACCAUAUAGUGGCUCGGGAACAAAGCCUGUCAAUCUCCUGUGAUGAAAAUGAGCUUCACAUAGCUGUUAUUUUCUGUAUUGUGUGCAGCACACAUUUAUGUGUAGACUGCUCCGAAAGCACACACUCUACACGGACGUUAGCCCGGCACAAACGUGUCCCCAUUUCUGAGAAACCUAGAGAAAAUCCCAAAUGUGUUUACCACCCCAUGCAUCUGGUGGAAUUUGCUUGUCUGGAGGAUGAGUGCAGGUCAUCCCCUCUCAUGUGCUAUAUAUGCAAGGAUUAUGGACGUCACAUGAAACACAAGCAUUCAUUGUUAGAGUCAGAAGCGGAGAAUGUCCGUACAUCCAUUAAAAGUGCAGUCCAGCACAUAAGAUCCUUCGCUGAGGAAGUGGCAGAUUCUGCGAGAAAACUGGGAGGAGUUAUACAGCAGAUUGAAGGAGGUGUGCAUAUGGGGCAGAAUAGUGACGGGGAAACUACUACACAGCAG